CUCUUUCUCUCUCUUUGGUUCUCUAUCUUUUUUCUCUGUGUUUCUCCAUUGCUGAAUUUUAAGGUUCAAGAGGAUGAUGCAGCCAGGAGGACCCGGCAUGGCCCAACAACCCAACCAGCAAUAUCCCCAACAGCAGCAGCAACAGCAACAACCCUACAUGAUGAUGCCGCCGCAGCCGCAGCCCCCUCAGAUGUGGGCCCCAUCGGCCCAGCCUCCUCCACAAUCGGUGGCUCCUCCGCAGCCCACCAGCGCCGAUGAGGUCCGAACCCUCUGGAUCGGUGAUUUGCAGUACUGGAUGGACGAGAACUACCUCUACACGUGCUUCGCUCACACAGGCGAGGUGGCUUCAGUUAAAGUCAUUAGGAACAAACAAACCAGUCAAUCGGAGGGAUAUGGGUUUAUUGAGUUUACUACUCGUGCUGGUGCCGAGAGAAUCCUUCAAACAUACAACGGAACCAUCAUGCCAAAUGGUGGUCAGAACUUCAGAUUGAACUGGGCUUCGUUUAGUGCGGGGGACAGGCGUCAUGAUGACAGCCCAGAUCACACCAUAUUUGUUGGAGACCUGGCUGCAGAUGUUACAGAUUAUCUUCUGCAAGAGACAUUUCGGGCACGCUAUCCCUCGGUUAAGGGUGCCAAAGUUGUAAUUGAUAGGCUUACUGGUCGUACAAAGGGUUAUGGUUUUGUUAGGUUUGGAGAUGAGAGUGAACAGGUUAGGGCUAUGACUGAAAUGCAGGGGGUUCUUUGUUCAACAAGACCCAUGCGAAUUGGACCUGCCUCUAAUAAAAACCCUAGCACCCAGUCCCAGCCAAAAGCAUCAUAUCAGAAUCCUCAAGGGGCACAGAACGAGCAUGAUCCAAAUAAUACAACUAUUUUUGUCGGCAAUUUGGAUCCUAAUGUCACCGAUGACCAUUUGAGGCAAGUUUUUGGGCAGUAUGGAGAGUUAGUUCACGUGAAGAUUCCAGCUGGCAAGAGAUGUGGAUUUGUUCAAUUUGCGGACAGGAGCUGUGCAGAAGAGGCUUUGCGGGUUUUAAACGGUACACUUUUGGGUGGACAAAAUGUUCGGCUUUCAUGGGGCCGAAGUCCUUCAAACAAACAGGCCCAACCAGAUGCGAAUCAGUGGAAUGGCAGCAGUGGUGGUUACUAUGGAUAUGCUGCGCAGGGUUAUGAAAAUUAUGGUUAUGCUCCUGCAGGACAAGACCCCAAUAUGUAUGGCAGUUAUCCGGGCUACGCAAAUUACCAACCUCCUCAGCAACAACAGCAAAUAGGAUAUAGCUAAGAACUUCUGCCCCAAUUUUCCGUUUUCUUCUGUAAUCCUAUCCUAUCUAUGUCUCAUUGAGAACAAACUUGGCUCUUCUUUUACCUUCUUAUCAUUGCUAUUAGCAUUAAACAUUCUAUGCGAAGUUUUAUUUUGUAUCCAUUAAAUAUUGCUUGUUGAAUACUUUGAUGUUUAUGCAUCUGGUGAACCCCCCUCCACAUUUGAUAUUCGUAUUAAUUAUUUGUAA